UCAAGGAACAAAUGAGUUUUGCUUGUCAGCUGGAGGACUUGCAGAAGUGUGUAGAGAGGCCCCUGCCCUGGACAUCAUAGGGGAGGCUAUCCACACGACAACAUCUUCAUCUAAAGCAGUUGAGAAAACAACCAGUGAAUCGUCAUCUACCGCAGUCACAAAGAAGACGAUAGAAUCAACAUCUGUCAGUGAGGAUGAAAAUUCAUUUAAGGUUUCAGGAAUAAAUAUUCAGUGUGGGGAGGAAGAACAAGCUGCCUUCAUGGAAUGCUUAUCUCCGCAUUUAUUGUCAUUUAUCCCACUGGCAUCGGGACCCUUCUGCAACAGAAAGCUCAUUACAGAAGAUGUUUGCCAGAACUUUGCCACUAUCGUGCGAUGUGUCAACAACAUCAACACCUCAGCAACCUGCAGGCGUGAUGUUGCCAGUAAAAUUAAGGAACAAAGGAGUUUUGCUUGUCAGCUGGAGGACUUGCAGGAAGUGUGUACAGAUGCACCUGCCCUGGACAUAGGGGAGGCUAUCCAUAUGACGACAUUUUCAUCUAAAGCAGUCACAAGGAAGAAGAUAGAAUCAACAUCUGUCAGUGAGGAUGAAGCUGCAUUUAAGGUGACAGGAAGGGGCUCGGUUCUUCAAGCAUCGAUGAUUUUGUUAAUAAUUCACAAGACCAUGUUGACCUUAGUACUGUAGAUUACAUGUUUAGCUUGCCAUGUCUCUUAAAAAAAAUAUCUUAAAAUGUAUAUUAUUUGCACCCUGUAUAAGAUUUUUAAAAAUAAAAUAUUCUUUGUGUACGACAGAGGUAUCAGUAAUUAAUACGUAGAGAGCACUUUUCUAGGGAUUUUCGACAUAUUUUAUGCAUACGCUCCAUGGACUAUUUGACAUUUUACUGAAUCUUCACUCUUAACUCUUUUGAGCUUAAUAAACUACUUUUUGUCUAGGAAAAUAUUAAAAUAAAAGAAUAAAAGUGUAAAAAAUACGUUAACGGCUGUAUAUAUAUAUAUAAAUGACUAUUAGAACUGACAUGUAAAUAUAGAUAAUAAGUGUCAAAAUUGUUCGUCUAUCACAUUGCCUAUCUCAUUUAAUUUUCUGAUCAUAUAAAUUUCACUGACAAAAAUAGGUUUUUUUAUUCUAAUACUGCCGCGGAUAUAAAUGACUGAAACUCUGUCUUUAAACUCUUGUGUCCAUUUACAUUCGUUUACACUUUGGUGAAGUUUGUGUAAGUAGAAGACAGACUAAAGACCAUGUUUAAGCUGCAGCAUCGUAGUCAACAACAACAGUAUCUGUGGAUGUCAAUAAAUGUAAAGACUUUUGGUUUGGUUACAUUUGUGGACUAAAGAACAUUUUGCGUUUACGUUCUUUCACGUUUAAUAAAAUUUUCUAAUAUCAA